AUGAACAAUAGCACUGACACUUCAGCUGCUACAUAUUAGCCUAAUUAUUUUAGUACAAUGGCAGCAUAAGCCAUAGAUGAUUCAAAAAUUAGUACAGAAUCGCUUGUAGUGUUUUUCCUUUUUGGAGGACUUAUGAUUGCAGGUUUUGUUAGGGAAAUUAAUAAAAAAACUAGCAUUCCUUACACUCCAAUGCUUUUUGUUAUUGGAAUUUUUUUAGGAAAGUUUUCUGAAAGCAUGGGAAUACUAGGAAUAACAAUAAGCAAGAUAAGUUUAAUCAACCCUCAUGGUAUAUUAAUUAUAUUCCUCCCUGUGCUUAUUUUCGAAAGUGGUUUUAAUAGUGAUUGGCAUACUUUUAAAAAGUAAUCUGGCCAGAUAUUUUUACUUGCCUUCCCAUGUGUACUAUUUUCAGCCAUAUUUUUACUCAUAAGUAUCAAAGUUAUUUUGAGAUAUGAUGACUCUUAUUACACUUGGAGUGGUGCAUUUAUGUUCGGUUCUAUUCUCUCAUGUACAGAUACAGUAGCCGUCCUAGCUCUUUUAAAAGAAGUAGGCGCUCCUAAAAAAUUUAAUUCGCUGAUUGAAGGAGAAUCAUUACUUAACGAUGGUACCUGUAUGGUUCUUUUCCAAAUAUCAAGUGAAUUCGCAAAAAAAGUUGAUUAGAAUACAUAAAAUCAGUAAUAUUUUGAUUUGUUUGAAGUGAUCAAACUUUUGCUUUCUCUCACUGUUGGUGGUACACUUCUCGGUAUUGUUUUUGGCAUGAUAGCCUAGUUUUGGAUGCGUAGAAUACAUAAUGAUCCGAUAUUGACAGUCAAUAUAACCUUCAUUGUUUGCUAUCUAACUUACUAUGUAGCAGAAAAUGUAGAUAUUGGAAUAAAAGUCUCAGGAAUUAUGGCUCUAGUUUCUCUUGGUAUUUAUCUCUCUAUAUUUGGUAAAACUAAAAUUUCAAGUGAAGAAAAGAGAACUGUUUAUAUUUUCUGGAAGUACGUAACUUAUGCUGGUGAAUCAAUUAUUUUUAUAUUAGCUGGUGUAUUAGUUGGUGUUAAAGUUUUAACAUCUAAUGGGGAUUACGACACUAUGUCAGGAAGCGAUAAUGUUUCUUCUUCAAUUUAAACUAGUGAUUAUUUUAAACUUUUUGGUCUUUACGUUUGUAUGAUCUUGAGUCGCUUUGGUAGUAUUGCUUGCUUUAUGUCUUGGUUGAGAAAAUGGGGUUAUGGUCUUACUUGGAAGGAAGUUUAUGUCCUUGCUUACGGUGGUCUUAGAGGAGCUAUUGGUAUUUCUUUUGCAAUGAUUGUUGCUAAUGAUGACUCUUACUCUCAAAAAUUAAGAGAUAUUAUUUUAUUCGAUAUGGCUGGAAAUGCAAUUUUAACAUUAAUUAUCAAUGGAACAACUACUGGUCCUUUGAUUAAGAGUUUAGGAUUAUGCGUUACAAGCACAGUUAGAGAAAGAGUCUUUUUAAAUAUUUUACAAGAUUUGAAGGAAGAUACUGAAAAAAAGAUUAAUUAUUUGAAAUCUAAUAACUAUCUAAAGAUGGUCAAUUGGGAUAGUGUUAAAGAAUAUGUAGGAUUAGCAGAUUUGGAGCAAAGAAUUACAAGAUUAGAGUCAGAUCUAACUAAAAGAGAAGAAAUUGAAGAGUAUACAAGAAAUAUAAGAAAUAAAAAUGUAAUUGAUGCUAAGAUAGAUGAACUUAAAAACUCUAAUGAAUUUUAAGAGUAGUAAUCAUUUGACUCAGAUUCAACAAAUCACAAUCUUGAUGAAAAUAUGAUAGUUGAAUGUAGAAAUAGAUUUUUGAUGGCUCUCAAAGGAAAUUAUUGGGAUAUUUAUGAAAGAAAUCAGUGCAGCAGUAAUGCUUUAUUAUUGUUGAUUGAUUCAGUAAAUUGGGAUCUGGAUACUGAAUAAGAAAGAAUGAACUCAUGGGAAUUUCUUUCCAAUUACUUUUACAAUCCUAUUUACAUCAAAGUGCUCUUUUAAUUAAAAGGAUGGCCUAUUGUUGGAUCUUAUGCUGGUAACCUCCUCUUUAACCAUAUCUCUAAUAUUUAUGAUGUCAUUGCUGCUUAUAUUGAAGCUCAUGAACAAGCUGAGCAACUUUGCAUAGAUCAAUUCCCUUUCAUUCCCUAAGUUUUAGAAAUUAUUAUCAGAGAAAGCUAAGAUAAUAGAAUGAGUGGCGAAGAGUAUAUCAAAAAUGAUUUAAAUGUAAGUUUCCCAGAAAUUACUAAACAAAUCCAAACUAAGAAGGCAACCUACAGUUUAUUAGAGUGCUAAAAGAAAAUAAUAAAGAAGGGUAUUUUGUUAGGUAAGAUAGAUGAAAAAGAAAGAGAUAUAUUAAUGUAAUAAAUCGAUGAUAGAGUAGUUGCUUUAGACAACAUCAAACCUUCUUGGAAAGCUCCUCCAAUCAAAAAUUUCUUAGAAAAUGUUCCAUUCUUUAAACUCAUCCACAAAGAUUUACUUCCAUACAUCAUCAAAGAAUCUGUUGAGAUGAUUUUUGAAAAAGAUAUGUACAUCAUCAAAGAAGGUGAGAAAGCUAAAUACUUUUUUGUUAUCACUAGAGGUAGUGCUACAGAAACAACAUCUUAGAGCUUUUGCACAUAUCAAGAAUAAAAGGAAGUUGGCAGUUUAAUUUCUCCUCACCACUUGAUUGUACCAAGUUUGAGAUACUUGACUUCCUGCAUGGCUAAUGCAGUUGUAUACGUUCUUGCUUUCCCUUUAAGCUCAAUUUAGAAAGUUAUCAAAGUUAAUUUAGAAAUAAAGGAAUAUGUUUGGAUGUAGAGUCUGAGAGCAUUGAGUUAGCUUUUCUAUAAUGAACUUAAACCUUUAGGAAGUUUAGAUAGAAACAGUUUUAUUAAACUUCAACCAAAGUUGAAAUUUGCUAAAUAUAACAAAGGGAAGACUAUCUAGUGUGAAAGUGGUGGUAUUCUUUUGAAAGGACAAGUUUCGAGAAAGGAUUUAACAGAUGUGAUGAUGACAUAAUCUAAAGUAAAUAAUGACGAGGUAAAAAAAUCAGAUUUGAUUGAUGGUAGAAUUUAUAAGGCAUUUUGUGUUUUAAUGCCAGGAUAAGCUUUUUCAGUUUUCACAGAAAAGAAGUGUACAUUUUUGCACUUUGCUGAAGACUGUGAAGAAAUUAGGUUUAUGAUUAGUCAUAUGGACUACAAUGUUGGCAUUAAUUAGUAAACACCUCAUACUCUUAACAUAUUUAGUCCUGUAGCUGUUUCUGGAUCUCAUAAUAAGAGAAACAGUUUUUAAGCUCCCCACUUAAGUAGAUUUGCAGGUAGACAUACUUUUAAUAAUUUAGAAGUAGUUGUGCAAGGUAGUGAAAAUAAAAUAAAUUCAGGAUAAUAAAUAGAAUUGCAAAAGAUGAAAUCUAAAUCAUACUUAAACGACUAACAAAUAAAGAGUGUAAAGAGUGAUGAUGAAGAAUCAGAUGAUAAUAAAGAAAAGUGA